AGCCUGUCCUACAGCUUUAUAAAGCCAGACUGAUCUCCUGGACUCAUAAUCAACCAGACCAGCAUUAAGCUUUUUAAGAAGGAACUGCCACCAACAUGCAGCACUACAACCAAACUGUGACAAUACUGUGCCUUUUGGCGUUGCUUUUCACAAUGCAUCAGGUCUCCAGUGCACCAACACUAAUGUCUGAAGCUACAUCAGAAAUCGAGCAGUCAGACACUGUACUGCACCGUAAAGCUCGAAUGACUCCGCUGUGGAGAAUCUUGGCCAGUAAACCGCACGGUGCUUACUGUCAUGACCAUAUAGAGUGCUCUACAGGACUCUGCAGGAAUGGCUUUUGCUCUUUUGAUGAACCUGUUCAUUCUUAGUGGAUCUGGAGGUUAAAAGAAUUACACUGAUGGUGCCAUGUCAAACUAUACAAAGCCAACAACACCACAACAACACAAAUGCAUAUAGAGGUAUACAAAACAAGAGCCAUACAGAUUUCAAAAUAUUAAUUCUUUUUAAUUGGAAUUGUUAUGUUAGGACAACAAAAGAUGUGCACAUUUAAUUAAAAAUGUGUAAACUUGUAUAAAAUUGUUUCUAUGCAAAUUAUGAGCUUAAGUAAAAAAAAAUGAAAAAUGUAAUAUUAAAAUGUCACAUGUAAAAUAUGUAAAUAUUAAUAUUUUUACUGCAACUAUAUAUUAAUUGCAUUCAUAUAUUUAUUUCUUAAUUGUGCAAAUAUAAUCACAAUAAUGUAACUAUAUGUGUACUACUCAUCUAUAUAAAAAGAGGACAUUUUUAUAUCUUAUUGUAUAAUUGUGUAGUACAUAUACAGUUAAAUUACACAAAAGUAUAGAAAACAAAAGUAUACAAACUGUAUUACGCAUAUGUUUAGUGUAGGCACGUCAUUUUUAUCUUUUAACAAGCUGACAAAACUUACACUUGACACACUUUUUUUAUCUUAUUGUGACUAUUUUGUUUUUUUCCCUUUUUAAUCUCAAAAGUAUGGUGUUGUGAUGCCAUUUUCUGUGUACUGAACCUGAAAUAAUUUUAUUAAGAAAAGUGAUAUAUUUAUACACUGUGUUUUGUUAUUGCCUACACCCGAGAGAGUGAAUUAUUUUCACAAAAUUGUACUGUAAAAAAAACUUGUUGUACUGUUAAAGGUCUUGAUAAUGCAUUAUUCAGUUUAAAUGAUUACUGCAUUCGCUCAUGAUUUCUCUUGAAUAAUUAAUGGGUUACCAAGGAUCCUUAUUGUUGUAAAGUGUUACCUGUAUGUACAAGUACAGGAGCUGUGCGCUUUGAAAAAAAAAGCAUUGUCAAAUAAAAAUGGUGUAAAUGAU